CUCUUCCCUGAACUACCGGGUGGCGCUGGGCAGGCAGGACGUGUCAGAGGCUGACGAGCCUGGUUCUGUGGCCGUGGCUGUGGAGAAGAUCAUCGUCCAUGAAGAUUGGGAUGACUACUACGUUCGCAACGACAUUGCCCUGAUCAAGCUGGCAGAAGAGGUGCAGGAGACUGACACCAUCCGUAUUGCCUGCCUGCCGGCUGCUGACAAGAUCCUGCCCAACGACUACCCCUGCUAUGUCACCGGCUGGGGAAGCAUGAGGACCAACGGGCCCCUGGCCACCAUCCUGCAGCAGGCUCUGCUGCCCGUGGUGGACUAUGAGACCUGCUCACAGUGGGACUGGUGGGGCAGCACUGUAAAGAAGACCAUGGUGUGCGCCGGCGGCGGUGAUGUCAAAUCUGCAUGCAAUGGCGAUUCUGGGGGCCCCCUGAACUGCCAACGUGAGGAUGGGAUCUGGGAGGUCGAGGGCAUCGCCAGCUUUGUCUCCAGCCGGGGCUGCAACACAUACAAGAAGCCAACAGUCUUCACCCGGGUGUCUGCCUACAUCGACUGGAUCAACGAGAAAAUGAGCACAAACUGAGGACGCAGCAUUGUGGAGAUACCACUAUUGAUCAAAAUAAAAGCAAAAAACGCAGA